ACAGCUGUUGAAUGCGAAAUGCGGUCACUCUGGCACGAAGAUGUUUUGAUAAGAACGCGAAUUUACAUGGAAAGACGUAAAAAUGGCCGAGACUUUGCCAAUUAACAGCGACUCGGGCACCGAUGAGGAGGAAGAGGUUGAACCAAAGUUCAAGUACCAGCGCAUUGGAAAUGAUCUCAGGAAUAUACUCAACACAGACGUGGUUACCUGCAGUGCCGUCCAUUCAAAGUUUCUUAUAUUUGGCACAUUUCGGGGGCGAGUUUAUCUGCUGGAUCACCAGGGCAACUCUGUGGACUCGAACCUGAGCAGCGGCGAUCGCCACACACACUCAGUGGCCGUUAAUCACAUUGAUGUGGAUCCUAAGGGUGAAUAUGUUGCCACCUGCUCCGAUGACGGACGCGUCAAUAUUACGGGCUUGUUCAGCUGUGAGAAUAAUCAGAACCUUAGUCAUGGCAAGUUCAUAAAAGUCGUUGCCCUGGACCCUGAAGUCAAAUCGGGGGUGCGACGAUUUAUAGUGGGUGACGACAAGCUUACGCUUUACGAACGCAACUUACUCAAGAAGCUGAAACCUUGCGAAUUGUGCGCAGUUGAGGGAAGUGUUCUGGCUAUCUGCUGGCAGGGCAAUUUGGUUGCUUGGGCCAGUCACUUGGGAGUGCGUGUGUAUGAUCUAAGCGAGAAGUGUUCUCUGGGCCUUAUGAAAUGGGAGGUGCCGGCACAGGCGCGACUCGAAAACUUUCGCUGCCACCUGCGCUGGUCCAAUACCAAUACGCUGCUCAUCGGCUGGGUGGACACAAUACGCAUUUGUGUAAUUCGUAAGCGCAAUACCAUCGAAGCAUCCUCCAGCAAUUUGCCGGGCUUUGUCGUGGACCCAGUCUCAACAUUUCAAACCACUUUUUAUGUGUGUGGACUGGCCCCCCUGGCUGCCAGCCAGCUGGUGGUCCUGGGCUAUCGCAAGGAUCGUAGCCCCAACUAUAAAGCUCUACGGCCAGUGCUGUGCGUCAUUGAAUACAAAAUGAACACAUGCGAGGAGGUGUGCACAGAUAGCCUGACCUUACGCGGCUUCGAGGAGUAUACGGUCAACGAUUAUAGCCUGGGUUGCAUCAUGGAGGAGAAUCGCUACUACAUUGUGGCGCCCAAGGAUAUUGUGGUGGCCAGUCUCAUUGAAACAGACGAUCGCGUCGAAUGGCUUAUCAAACACAACAAAUUUGAGGAGGCCUUGGAGAUAUGCACACAUGGAUGUUCAUUGCCAAUGCUCUCAGUAGCCAGACUGUACAUAAACCACCUGUUGACGUUGAAGCAAUACGAAGAGGCGGCCAAGCUAUGCCUGCGAGUACUGGGCAACAACAAAGCCCUGUGGGAGGAGGAGGUCUUCAAGUUUGUCAAGUGCCAGCAGCUGCGCUGCGUGAGCGCCUAUUUACCCACAUCGGAUGAUUGUAAACUGGAUCCGCAUGUCUAUGAAAUGGUGCUCUAUGAGUUCCUCAAGUUUGAUGUGCAUGGUUUUCUAAAUUUAAUCAAAGAGUGGCCGCCAAAGCUCUACGAUGGCUUGGCCGUGAUAAACGCCAUACAUGAUCAUUUUCGCAAACAGAAUGCGAAUGAGCUGCUCGAGGCUUUGGCCCUCCUCUACUCCUACCAAAGCGACUAUGAGAGCGCUUUGCGCAUGUAUUUGAAAUUGCAGAACAAGGAUGUUUUUCUGCUAAUCCGACGCUUUGAACUAUAUGAUGUCAUCUCCAAAUUAAUCAUUCCACUCAUUCAACUGGAUCGCGAACGUGCCUUUAAAAUAUUAUUAGAUAAGGACAAAAUAAAGCCCGAAGUGGUUGUACAUCAAUUGGAACAAAAUCAGGAAUACCUCUACUGGUUCCUGGAUGAGCUGGACAAGAUUGACAGUCAAGGCACAUUCCACCCGAAGUUAGUUGCCCUGUAUGCUAAAUAUGAUCGGCCAAAACUUUUGCCAUUUCUACGUCGCUCCAAUGAUUAUGGAAUACAAAAUGCACUGGCGAUAUGCAAACGUGAAGAGUUUUAUCCAGAAAUGGUAUAUUUGCUGGCCCGCAUGGGCAGCAUCGUGGAGGCACUCAACAUAAUCAUGCAUAAAAUAAAAGACAUUGAGAUGGCAAUUGAGUUUUGCAAGGAGCAUAAUGAUGACGAUCUGUGGAACAUACUCAUUGAUGAGUCCAUCAAACAGCCAGAAAUAGUAACGAAAGUGCUGGAUGGUAUUGUGGAUUAUGUCAAUCCCGUAUUGGUAGUUAGCAAGAUUAAAUUGGGUCAAACAAUACCGAAUCUCCAUCAAUCUGUUGUCAAAAUGCUGUGGCACUACAAUAUUGAGGAAGAAGUAAACACAAUUGCUCAUCAAAUCCAAUUGACCGAUUAUUUUGACACUCAGGCCGAGGUGGUGGCCAUGCAGCGUCGCGGCCGCCACGUCUCCUAUGACAAAGUGUGCCCAAAAUGUAGUCGUUCAGUGAUAAUAAAGGACACCGUUCCUCCCAAUGGCCUUACUAUAUUUAACUGUGGACACAUUUAUCAUAACAACUGCGUGAUCGACAAUCAUUGCGACGUGUGCUUGGAUUGGGAUAGUAUAUUGGACGAGGACGAUUAAUAGGCAAUGACAAAUAAACACACAAAACGACAAUUAAUGGAAGUCUGAAAGCGGUUUAUUACCAUGUAUUGAGCGACA